CUCAGGCCCUGACCAUGAGCGAGGACUCAUGCCGCACCCGGAGCCAGAAACGCGCCCUGGAGCGGGAAUCGGAGCCGGAAAAUAAAAAACUCAGGAUGGACAAAGGAAUUCCGGGAUCCGAGCUCGGCUCCGAGGGGGAGAUGAAAAUCAAAUCGGAUCCCGGAGCCGGGAAAAUCCCGGGAAUGUUGAAAAGUUCGGAAGUCAAAGCCACCAUCAAAGUGGAGCUGCCGGCCGGGGAUGAACCCGUGGAUAUGAGCACUUCCAAAGGGGAUUCCCGGCGGGAUCGGCGCGCGGUGUCUCCGGAUGUGAUCGUUCUGUCGGACACCGAGGCCGGGAGCCCCCGGCUGAACGGGCUGGACCCCGCGGGGCCCCCCCAGCCCGGGCCCGGCCUCCUGCGGAGCCCGGAGCAGCGGGAGCGGCUGAUCCGGCAGCUGCAGGAGGAGCUGCGCCUGGAGGAGGCCAAGCUGGUGCUGCUCAAGAAACUGAGGCAGAGCCAGAGCCAGAAGGAAGCGCCCGCGCCCAAGCUUUCCUCGGCUCCCUCUGGAAGCGCCGCGGCCGCGCCCCCGCCCCUCCUGCGGGGCCCUCAGGCUGCUCCCGCUGGGAAAACUUCCCUCCAGCCCUCUUCCAGCCGCAUUCCGGGCUCUGGGAUUCCCCCUCCGCUGCUCCGGGGGGGCCAAGCGGCCACGGCCAAGUUGGGAUCUCAGCAGAACCCCCAGAUCGUGAUGCCCCCCCUGGUCCGAGGGGCCCAGCAAAUCCACACGAUCCGGCAGCACUCGAGCUCGGGGCCGCCGCCGCUGCUGCUGGCGCCGCGCGCCUCGGUGCCCUCGGUGCAGCUGCAGGGCCAGAGGAUCAUCCAGCAGGGGCUGAUCCGCGUGGCCAACGUGCCCAGCGCCAGCCUGCUCGUCAACAUCCCGCAGGCAUCCCCCACAUCCCUGAAGGGCUCCGGGGUCCCCUCAGGCCCCUCAGGCCCAUCCCCGGCGGGCGGCACGGCGCUGGCGGGCACCGGCGAGGCUCCGGGCAGCCGGCAGGCCGCGGCCAAGCUGGCGCUGCGCAAGCAGCUGGAGAAAACGCUGCUGGAGAUCCCCCCGCCCAAACCUCCCGCCCCGGAGAUGAAUUUCCUGCCCAGCGCCGCCAACAACGAGUUCAUUUACCUGGUGGGGCUGGAGGAGGUGGUGCAGAACCUGCUGGAGACUCAAGGGAAGGUGGCGGUGGCCGUGUCCUGCCGGGAGCCCUACCUGUGCGCCCAGUGCCACACGGACUUCACGUGCCGCUGGCGGGAGGAGAAGAACGGCACCAUCAUGUGCGAGACCUGCAUGGCCUCCAACCAGAAGAAGGCGCUGAAGGCCGAGCACACGAACCGGCUCAAGGCCGCCUUCGUCAAGGCCCUGCAGCAGGAGCAGGAGAUCGAGCAGAGGAUCCUGCAGCAAACGGCCCCUCCCGGGCAGCCCAAGGCCGAGCCCGUGGGGCAGCACCACGCGCUCAAGCAGAGUUCCAGCCAGAUGUCCCGAGGUGCCGGCGCUUCCCGAGGGGUCCUGCACGCCUUCAGCUCCUCGCCAAAGCUCCAGAGCUCCUCGGCCACCCUCGGGAGCCGGCCUGGAAAACACUCGGAAAGAUCCGGAAAAGGCGGAGCGGCCUCCUGGAAGAAAAAUCCCAUCGGCACAGGUGGGGCCCUGCCCUUCGUCAGCCCCGCCCUGGCCGUGCACAAAUCGGCCUCGGCCGUGGAGCGGCAGCGCGAAUAUCUCCUGGAUAUGAUCCCACCCCGCUCCAUCCCACAGUCGGCCACAUGGAAAUAAAAUUCCUGAGGGAGAACUUUUACCAGGCUCUGCCAUCCUUUGGGAUUUGUUUUUCGUUUCUUUGGAAUUUUAUUUGAAUUUUUUUUUUGUUUUGUUUUGUUUUUUUUUCUACCACAAUUCCGUGGAAUCUGCUUUAAUUCCCAGCUGGAAAAAAAAACGCCCCGAGGCUUUUUAGGAUGCGACAUCGCCACUCCUCAUCCGUCCCUGCCGGGAGAGAAGCGACCGCGUCCGAAUCCCGGCUCCGUUGGCUCCCAGAUUUUUCAUGGAAGCUGGCAGGGAAAAGGAGGAAGAAUUCCUUCAUUUGUUGUUUAUUUUUUGGCUUUUUUCCCUGUUUAGUUUUGGAAUUUUUUUGGCACCAGCACAAAACAAGGACUCAGCGAUUCCUCUCCCGCCGAACGUUUUUGCCGGGUAAACGCUCCGGAAUUCCGGAAUUUCGGGGGCGCGGAGAGAGGAAUUCCAGCCUCAUCCUGCGUUUAGUGAGCCGAGUUCGUGGCUGCUCCUUUUUCCCUGCUCCUCUUCCGGCCGGGAAAGCGGGCGGCUCAUCCCGAUAUUCCCAAAAUCCCGACGAUUCCGCGCAGAAGGAGAGCUCAAAUUCCCGAUUCCGCUUGAGAAUGGUUCGGUUGUUUUUUUUUUUUUAAUCCUUUCGGGAAAUCCCAAAUCUCGGCUGGAAAGUGGGAAUUGCGGGAAAUUCCUGCUUUUUUUUUUGCAUUCUGGUCGGAAUAAACUUCGGAACCGUUGGGAAUUUCCAAACCUUGCAGUUACUGAGAGACAAAAUCCGCCUCGGUUCUUUCUCAUCCCGGGAAUUUUGGGGCUUUCCCGACUUUCCCAAAGACUCCAAAGCGAAUUUUGGGAAUUUUAUUUUUUUUUUUUUUCCUUUGGGAAGGUUGGUUGGGAUUUGGUUUUAUUUUGGUGUUUUUUUUUGGGGGGGAGGGAAUUUUCUGUUUCCUUUUCUGUUGUUGUUUCGAGGGAUAUUAUUCCACGAUUUCUAGGAAUUCCAGAAGGGAAGGUCGGGAGCGAUUCCCGAUUCCCACCGGGAAUUCCGGCCCUUCCCUCCGCGAUUCCAGUUCUUCCAGGCAUCCCCAGCGCCCUCCUGAAUCCAUUUGGGAUGAAGUUUUCCAUCUUUUUUUUUGGGAAUUCCAGAGGUUUAACCCAAAAUCCAUCCGGGGCCGGUUUGGUUUCGUUUUUAUUUCUCAUCCUCUUUUUUUUGUUUGUUUGUUUUUUCCUUGGGCUUCUUCCCGAAUUCCAGACGAAUCCAAGGGGCAGAAUUCCAGGUUUUAUUCCAAGUGCUAAGAAUUCUUUGGGAAAUGUUGGGAAUUUUCUCGGGGAAAUGAUAAAUAAAUAUAAUCUAGAGCUCUAUAUAUAAAAAUAAGGGAGAAAAAAUUCAGGAAAAGCCGGAUUUAUUUUCUUAGGAAUUCCUUCGGGAUCGUCCCCCUCGGAUCCGAGUGACAAAACCCCUCCCUAUUCCCACUUUUCCCAGCUUUUUGAUAUUUAGGGAUUUAGUUUAGUUCAAAAACAACAACAAAAAAAAAAAACCCCACAAAAAUUCCUUUUCCAAACCGGGAUUUGUUGGAUUAAAAACCCCCCCCGGAAUUCCCACCGGGAAUUUGCGGAUUUUGGGGCUUUUUUUCCGUCGGGAUUCCGAGAUUUCGAAGGUGGGAAUUGGGUCGGAAUUUUGGAAUUUGGAGUUUUCAUUCCAAGCUUGGAUCGGGAGAUGCCGACAGGGGGAUGACGCGGAAUUCCUGAAAUUCCGUCGGAUUUUAUGGAAAAUUUCCCGUUCCUUUCCCACAUUUGGAAUUUUUUGGGAGGAUUUUUCCUCUCCUGGUU